AACAGUCGCCCACUCACAGAAAACUCAUAACUGAUAUUUCCACCAAUAUUAAUUAAGACUCUACACAUAUUGACUAUAUACACUGUUCAGUCAAUUUUAUUGAUACUCAGGCGGUUAAAUACGACAUCUAUCUGACCUGUUAAACCAGCCUGACUCAAAGCGUGUGAGCGGUCGAUGUAUCAGCGGUGCUUCUGUACGAGGACUGUUGAAGCGAAAUUGUAACGAGCAACAUGGCUGGUAGUAUGGCAAACGUGAAAAACGGUAAGGAGUUAGACCCGGGUUUGGUCAUUAAGAACAGACUCUACGAUGAGAAAACGGACAUUGAGCCUAUUCGUCCAAGGAAUUCGCUGGUCGAAUGUUGUUGCAACGGGAAUUGGGUCGAAUUCACUCAAAAUACCACGCUCCAUGGACUCAAGUAUAUCUGGUUGCCAGGUGCUUUUCCAACAAGACGAAUGUUAUGGCUGGUUCUAACGGUAGCGUGUGUGGCCAUCAUGAGUUUCCAAAUUAUCGACCGCAUCAUCUACUACUACGACUACCCCGUCACCGUGAACGUCCAGGUCAACUACAACAAGACGCUCUUCUUCCCCACUAUCACCAUCUGCAACCAGAACGCUUUCCGCGCCAGCAAGGCCGCCCAGCUGAAGCAUUACCAGCUUCUGACUGACCUCUACACGGGAAGGAAGACGAGUUCUGACUGUGACUACGGCGUCAGGAACUUCAGUCAUCUGACUUUGAGGGAACUCUUCAAAAACACAACACAUACGAAGGAGGACCUCAUUGUCAGCUGCACGUGGAGGGGAGUAGCGUGUGGGUCUGAGAACUUCACCGAGGUGGUGACCGACCACGGCGUUUGCUACACCUUCAACAUCCCCGACGAGGGUACCAGGGACGUGCUUCGUGUCUUUUCACCAGGAGCAGAGAAUGGCUUGUCCCUGACGCUGAAUGUGGAGCAAUACGAGUACAUGCCGGGGCCCCACGACGCCGCAGGGGUGAAGAUCCUCAUCCAUGACCACAAACAGUUCCCCAAGGUGCAGGAGCUCGGCAUCGCCCUACCCACGGGGACGCAUUCAUUUGUCGGCAUGCAGCUCAUCUCGGUUGUAAAUCUCCCUCGACCCUACGGGGAGUGUAGCUCACCUGAUCUCUCCUUCUUCCCUCAAUAUUCACUGGAGAACUGUGAUGUGGAGUGUUUCACGAAAAGGAUGGAUGCAAUCUGUGGCUGCAGACUCUUCUAUAUGCCGAAGGGAGAAGAUAGCCCCGAGUACUGCACGCUGCAGGAACACCAUGACUGUUACCAGAAGAAAAUUGAUUAUAUACGUGAGUCUGUGAGAGACACGUGUUCUUGCCCUGUCCCCUGCUCUUUCCACAUCUUCGACCCCACCGUCUCCUACGCCACCACAUCGACCUUCGUGAUAGACCGUUUCCUCAGCAACUCCAACCGCUCCGCCCUCAAAAUGAAGUACAAGAACGCGAGAGACAUCACCCAUCGCCUACAAAGCAACAGGGCCAACCUUCUUAAAUCUCUCACAGAAAACCUGGACCGGAAGUUCCGUACGUUGAACCACGUCAUUCUUGACGAGUUGGAAGUGAGUAUUGAAGAGCAGGAGAAACACCUUGUGAAUGUUUCCAAUAAUUAUCUCUGGAACUGGAACAAGACGAACAUAUAUUUUCAAUACCAGAACUACAUUCUCCAGAAGAACCUUGUACGUGCCCGAGACGCCAUGAACGAGAGGACGUUCUCUGUAUUAGGCCAUGGGGUUCAGGAGUUCACCUUCAGCGUGGAAAGACAAAUUGCCCAACUGGUUGACCCACAGAUUGACGACCCUGCUGUCCGAGAGGUCCUCUUCCUCAUGGUCAAGAACCAGUUGAAUGCAAGACUGGAUAUAGGAAAGAGAACCUUGCAGAACUACACACAACUAAUAAAAGGCUUCCUCAAUACGUCAUCAAUUUUUAAUUAUAAAUACCAAAAUUUUAGUAGGAAGAACAGCAAUUUCAUUCUUCCUCGGGAACUUUUGCUGCAAGCGUUUACACGCAGUAAUCAUGUUCGUGUGAGGUCUCUUAGAGUCGAAAGGGAUAUAAUUACCAUGGCAACAUGGAUGAAAGAGUACGGUAGAAUAGCAGAGGAAGCAUUUUAUAAUAAAACGGUAAAUGACACAGAAUUGUACAUAGCAAAUGUGAAAUUUUUACGUGCGUCCAGAGAAUUUUUACAAAGUAAAAGCAUGUUUUUUAACGAUUUCAUCCAGUGGCCAGUGACCCAGCUGGAUUUAAGAGAACAACAAUUCCUUCAAAUGCGAAGUGACUUUAUCCACAUGCGGGAUACAAUGUUGGGGUAUUUCUCCAGCGUUUCCGAACUAAUCCAUGGCAUCGAGAGUUCUUUGAUGGCUGACAUGGAAGUCGGAAUACAGAUGUGCAAGGAAUACUUAACCCAUGGGAACGUAAGCAAAGUGCAUGUAGCAGAGCUCUUUACGUCUGAGAAAAUCCAAAAUGGUGUCAAUAACUUGAAAGUCUUUUUUGACACUGUGAGGAAUCGUGGUCAGAAUAUCUUCGACGGCUGGGAUCAGAUAUCGAUGGCCACACAGCAGAUGUGGAACUUCACGCUAAGCCAGGUUAACCUGAUGCGGUACUGGAAGUAUAAGAAGAUCGGACGGUAUCUCAGGAAUUACACCCAGGUGGCUGCAGAGAUCGCGCAGGAGUUUGCAGAUCACCGGGACAUGAUUGACGUCCGGUGUCGGUUCCUGAACAAGGACGAGGAGUUCCUGCAGAGUCUCGGGAGUCUCGUGGAGCACAUGGAAAUGUUCCAUGCCAGCAGUCACGUGGACUCAGCAUUUGUCAGGGAUAACUUCCUAAAGGUCAAUGUCUUCUACCGAGAACUCAGCUAUGAGAAGAUAACUCAACAAGUUGCCUACGACAUUUUUGCCUUACUAUGUGAUGUCGGCGGAUCCAUGGGACUGUUUAUCGGCGCCAGUGUGAUGACAAUCUUCGAGAUUCUGGAUCUUCUUGUGUAUCAUUCGGUGACUGGCACAGAGAUGAAGCAGUAACGCGCGACCCCCUCCGCCCUUCCCCCGCAUCCAAGUACGAUACUGACUUAUCUGAUUGAGAUUUUGAAACCCCUGAUUCAGAGUGCCCGUGUGAGAUGGAGAAUAGGCAAUCAUUCCCAAACCGUGUUGGUUGUUUAAUGUUACCAAUAUCCAAUAUAUAUUACGGCGUCAUGCAAGUACUCGAGUCUGGACAAGUGAUUGCUGUUUUAAGCAACGUCCCGCGUCGUUGGAUUACCUUAAGAAACAACCUACCAACUCACCGAGCCUAAUCACCCAAUCCACCUCUUACGACAAUUAAAAUAGUUGGCUUGUCUCGACAGAGUUGGCCAGUCUGGUGCAGCAUUUCAAGAAAUGUCUACAUUGAGUGAUGUCCCUAAUACAUUCGUGAAACAACUCCUUCCGACAAAAAAAACAAAGUGAACUUAACUGAUUGUUUGCGAUAUAAAUAAAAGCGACAAAAUAGA